GUCUCCCUUACUUAUUCAACAUUUAGGUGAAAAAGUUUUACGAAUUGACGAGAGAUCCGUGACUAGUAACAGUUUCGUAUUAGUAUAUUGUCUUGCGAAAAAUCACGAGUUCGAACGGUUUGUAAACGCUGUGUCAACGUUGGCGAGAAGAAUAUUGGACGUACCUACGACGUUCGCAAGUUGAAGAAAGGUAACUACGUCAUCAUGGUGGCUACAUCAAGACCACGGGAGAUCGAUAUCGACAAACCAAGUCACACCGAACAAUUGGCGAAUUGGAUCAGUAGAGUUCGUUGCAAGAAGCUGAUGUGUCGGCGUAAUCGGAAGCGUGAUUUGCGCGUCGAGGCGGUGCUGACUUCCGCUCUUUACAAGGCCGAGCACGAAUUGCGCACCAAACAACUAACCAGGAUCUCCAAGUGGCAGCAAUUAAAGAAGCAAUUCCUGAGAGAGGCUGGCUAUUCAAGUUGCGAUUUGUAUAACUGCGAGGGCAUCGGAGAGUUCCAUUCUUAUCAAGAGAAUCCAUGGCAGAGCCCUCUUUGUCCGGAAUUGAGCAGCCUGGACAAGUUCAUGUCUAAAUUGGGAGAGAUCAAAGAACCGCUGCAGCGAUGAAGAGACACGAAGAAAACUGACGACCAGGUCUGAAAAACCUUGGGAAUGCAUCUGAGAUCCAGCUCGUGAAGAUUUCCGGCAGCUUCGUGAACGAGCAACUCGAAACGUUGAGUUGAACGGCAGCCAAGUGGAGAGUCGCAAUACCAUUAGGCAGUACCACCGUAUCACGUUGGUGCUGCUGGACUAGAAGUUACAUCACUAUCCUGGUGUAAAUCUGGGUGUUUUUUAC